CCCCUUGCAUACGUUGAAUGGUUUACCCAAUUCAGAGAGCCAGACAAGUCGUCUGGUCUGCGUCUAAUAUCUCGUUCAACUCGUCACUUGCAACGGAAUUCGGCUGUGAUUCAUGUUGACGAGAUUAUUCGUCCAUGUCACCUCAUACCCAAGAUGGGUCAAUUGGUCAAUCCUAUGUGGACAAGUGCGAAUGUGUAUGAGUUCGUGAGUGAAUUUUACUUAGAUCCAUUCAUUGACCUCGAGACUUUUUGUAUGUCCACUACGAGUACUUAG